AUGGUAAACGAAACAGACGAAGAUACCGCGCCAACUUCACCACGAAACGUCCAUGGACUUAGAUGGGCCCUUGUUUGCAUUUCAAUAUAUGUCAGUCUAAUGACUUAUGGAUUGGAUAUGACCAUUGCUGCAGAUGUCCAAGCAACUAUUAUUGUGCAGUUUGAUAGUGUCGACCGGCUAGCCUGGGUUGGAAGCGGAUUUUUGCUCGGCUCGGUCUGCUCGAUUUUUCCUGUCGCCGCCUUCUACACUGCCUUUGAUUACAAAUAUCUUUUCAUUGUAUCAGUGUCUUUGUUUGAAAUCGGUACUCUCAACUACUUAACGGCUCUGACUUCUAACCAGGAGAGGGGGCGAUACAUGUCCUGCAUUGGCCUUGUAUGGGGUGUUGGAGCCAUCCUUGGACCCGUUGUUGGAGGGGCUUUCUCCCAAAGCUCAGCAACUUGGCGAUGGGCUUUCUAUAUUAACCUUGUGAUCGCUGCACUUUGUGCGCCAAUCUAUAUCUUUUUUCUUCCAUCCAUCAAACCCACCGACUCAGCUAAAGUGGGCGCCAUACCUGCUAUUUCCUCAUUCGACUGGUUUGGGUGGAUUCUUAGUACUGGCGCUAUAGUUUGCAUUUCCUUCGCUCUGACAAACGGAGGCAACAUCUGGCCGUGGCAAGAUUAUCGAACGAUUAUCUUUUGUGUUUUCUCUGGAAUACUGAUCAUCGCUACUGCGGUCCAACAGAGGCUCCAUCUAUGCACAACCGUCGAAAAGCGACUCUUCCCACCCCCGCAUAUCAUCAAAAACCGCACCAUCACGCUUUUAAAUAUACAGACUGCGGUAACUAUCGCCAACAUUUUUGUUCCCCUUUACUUCAUCCCCUUGUACUUUCAGUUUGUGCAUGGGGACUCUGCUAUUGAUGCAGCAGUACGCCUGCUCCCCUUUGUUCUGGUAUUUGUAACCAUAAGUCUGCUCUCGGGAGUCUUCUUCCUCGGAUCAAUUACUAGUAAUUGGGUGCUGUAUGCAGCUUCGGCGAUAUUCAUUAGCGUGGGCGGUGGGCUUAUGUAUACAGUUCACAUCAAUACUGCUUCAGCCAAAAUCUACGGUUAUAGCAUUUUGCUAGCUAUUGGCAGUGGGCUGAGUUCUCAAGCGGGAUAUGCAAUAGCUGGCAUCAAAAUUACCUCAAAAGGCUGGCCUACCAUUGAUCAAAUUACCAGCAGCUUACUGACUCUGCUAAUAAGUGGUCAAAUUUUUCAGACCUUUGCAGUCAGAAAUCUGAUGUUCGCUCUCAGAGACCAUGGUUUUUCAGACGCAGACAUCCGAGGAGCGGUAGCUGGUCUACAGAGUUCUCUAUUAAAGAAUCUUGACCCGCACCUCGCUGCAAAAGCAGCAAGUGCUGUUACGGAGGCGAUGCGCCCAGUUUAUAUCCUAAACAUUACAUAUGGCAUCAUUUGUUUCUUAGCGUCACUGGUGAUGAAGAAAGAGCGACUUUUUGCGAAGCGUCAGAUAGCCAUGCCCUGA